UAAUUUAAAAAGCUAUCAUUGACGAUAAACAAUUUCAAUUAUUUAUCAUCACCAAAAUAUCUAACAAAUCAUUCAAACCGUCGCACAAAAAAAAUCAUAACCUUUUUAAUUCAAGCUAAAAAUUACGGUGCAAGUCCCUAGUAGACCAUGUAAAGUUGACAACGAGGUUGGAAAAUGAGAAGAGGAAGCAGAAAUAAAAUUAAUAAUCAUGGUUUGAUGGUCUUAAUUUACGUUAGGGUUUAAUAUCUUGAGUUGAAAUUAUGCAAAACUACUUGUUUGUUUAGUGCAUAAUAUAUACUUCAUAUGAGCAAGAGGGGGUAGACAAGAGAUAACUGUUAAUGAAGCUAGUGGUAGUGGUACUGGAAAACAGAAAACAAUAACUACAGUUUGGAAGAAAGAACUCCGGGAUAAGGCUUGCAAGACAAUAUCAAAAUGGUGGUAUGAAAAUGCUAUUCAAUUCAAUGCAACUAGAUGCGAUACCUAUCACCAAAUGUGGGAAGAUGUAGCUCGGCAUGAUCCUGGUUUUAAGGAUUCUUCAUAUCAUGAGAUUAGGGAGACUUUGCUGAAAGAGGAAAGGCAGGAAGUUGAGAAUAAAUUGUGGAUCUUCAAAUCUGAAUGGAAGGUAGUGGGUUGCACGAUAAUGUUUGAUGGAUGGACGGAUAAGAAACAACGAGCUCUUUGUAACUUUUUGGUUAAUAGUCCUCGUGGAACUGUAUUUCUUGAAGUUGUUGACACUUCUGAUUUUUCGAAGACUGCUCAGAGGUGUUUAAGGUGUUAGAUGGAGUUGUUGAGAAGGUUGGGGAAGAGAAUGUAGUCCAAGUUGUGACAGAUAAUGCUUCGGUUUAUAAGGCAGGAGGACAAUUGUUGAUGGAAAAAGGAAGCAUUUGUUUUGGACACCUUGUGCUGCUCAUUGCUUGGAUUUGAUGCUAGAGAAUCUUGAAAAGCAUAUUAAGGUGCACGAGACCACAAUUUCCAAUGGUAAAGUAAAUGCAACGUUUUCAAUAAGCAUGUAUAAAAGAAAAAAAAGAAGUACAUAUAAAUUCAAUAUAAUAUUGAAAUUUCACAAAAUAAAAAUUAAUGUAUAUUUUUUAAUAAAUAUUAAUGUCUGCUCCACCAUUUAAAAAAUGCAUAUGUGGCAAAAAGUUUCUUCACAACAGCCAUAAUAUAGGUUAACAACUUAAGAUAAGAUAAGAAUGUUAAUUGUCUCCAAAUUUCAAAUAAUUUUUAAGAAAAUAUUAAGAUAAAGAGAUAAAUUAUGUGUUAUAUCAAAACAAUGUUUUUUCGAAGUUUGUGAGUUGGAUAUUUGUCGUAAGUUUUGAACAACUUUUUUCUCAAAAUUGUAGUCUGUAUAUAUAUAAAAAAUGUAACUAGAAAUAUUUUCCCAGAAAUGAUAGCAAAAUAGCGAUUUUUAAUGCCAAAUAACAUACCGCUAAACUACAUAUAAUGAUUAAUAUAACAUUUAUCUCUAAAACUACGUUUUCUUGUAGUGAAGAAGGACCACAAUUCAUUAUAAUGCAAAUUAAGAAUGAAAAACUACUAAUUAAGUAGGCAAUAAAUAAAAUAUUUGAAAGAGCUAUAAAACAAUCAGACUCUCAUAUCAUUUCGGAAUUUAUUAGAUCCAUAUCGUUUACAAGCCUCAUAUCGUUGCUCAGUAAGGCAAAGAGAAACAAGGAACUCAUAUUGAUAAUUAUAAUAGUAAGUGAUGUUAGAAAAUGCGUAAAUGUUUUUACCAUUUUUGUGAUUAUUGAUAAUUAUAAUAGUAAGUGAUGUAAGAAAAUGCGUAAAUGUUUUUACCAUUUUUGUGAUAGUACAUUUACCAUUUUUGUGAUAGUUCAGCGGCAGUAUAUCAAGGUUGUCAAACCGGUUUAUGCCAGUGUGCCGGUUUAGCAAGUGGAAUGGUUCUGCCGGUGGCACAUACCGGUUUGUGCCGGUUCAUGUCGGUCAAUAUUACAAAUAAAAUUAUAAGUACUCAUAUUUAAACAUGACAUUUAACGCCAAUACCUAAACAUUUAUACUUGAAUCCAACAAAUAACAUCAAUAUUUAACUUUUAUACUCAUAAAAUAAAUAAUAAAAUAAUGUUUAUCAAUAAAUUCGCUAAAAUAAGGACAUUUUACUUAGAGAUUCGUAUAUCGAUCAUGCCGGUCAUACCGGUGAUGUCACGCCGAUUUUAUUACCGGUAUCGAUUGAACCUGGUACAACCGGUGGCUCGCCGGCCAGCGUGACAACCAUGGGCAGUAUUCUUGUUAAAUUCUCUAUUUUCUGUACUACUACAGUAAUAUAUAAUUAUUGUCUUGAAUUUGGUCUCACUAUCUUCCCUCCCACUCUUCAAACCCACCUUUUUCUUCUCCUCUCCUUUCUUACCCCUCGGCCCCGCCCCUUUAUUCCUUCUCCUUCACACUCCCUUCUUUCUCCUUCCCACCCCUCGGCCCUGCACCUUUGUUUCCUCCCCUUCAACACUAAUUGUGUGAAAGCAAAUAAAUUAAUAAUUUGAUU